AUGAGUGAAGAUAGCAUAGUUAAGGUCAAGAUUACCUAUGCAAAAGUCUUAUCCAGAGAUUCAGCCAUUGAACAGAAGGAGAUGUUAGUGGCUGCUGAUAAGUUUGUGCCUUUGAAGACUAAACAGGACUUUCUCAACUUGUUAGUUGAUGAAGGUAUCCCUUUUCCAUUGCAGAAGGAGAAAAUCAAGCAGUAUCAUUUUGCUAGAAAAUCUAAGAAGAGCAAACGUUAUAUCCCUUUGGAAUCUUUAGAUGAUUUUAAAUGUUUAGCAAGAAGUUUGAACGUUAAAGGACAUAUCAAGUUGACCAUUAACGAUCAUUCUCCUUUGGAAGAGGACACUAAACGAAAAUCAUCUCCAUCUGAGUCACCGAAUGAUUUCUUCAAUAGAGCAGGUAUUAACCUUAGCUCUUUGUCGGAAUUGAUCACGGAAGUUGCUGGGGACAAGUUUAGGGAAGUCUUAUCAGAAGUCACUAAAGAAUUUGCCACUUCUUUUCCUCCUUCGACUAAGGAUAUUAGAACCGAAGGAGAAACUCAUACCAAUGUAACUCCAGUUCUCCACCAUAACGCAUGUUGCGAUUACUGCAGUGGUGACGUUGAUGAGCCCAUUAAAGGAGCAAGAUUCAAGUGUUUAGUUUGUCCAAAUUACGAUUUGUGUGAAGCUUGUGAAAAUGUGUUCCUGAAAACAAGACUCUCUUACAAGGGCCACUCAUAUUUGCAUCCAACUAUGAAGGUCGCUGAGCCUGAUUCUUACGAGAUCAACAGAGAUGUUCUUCACAACAUCCCUUCUCAAAGUUCAGAAGAAGUGAGAAUCAUUUGUGACCGCUGUUCUAACAGAUUAACAUCACACCAACCAAGUUUCAGAUGCACAGAAUGUUCUGAUUUCGAUUUGUGUCCUUCUUGUUAUAACACACAUAUUUGCAAUCAAGAAACAAUUGGAGGACAUAAGCCUUGUCACCUUAUGUUUGAAAUGGGUGAACAAAAGAGAGCAAAAGCUAGCUAUUACAAGGAUGACAAGUCGGGGGAUGGUUUCUUGGAUAUUGACAUAGGAUCCUGCUCUACAUUCCUUUCAACUUCUGUGAAGUCUAUGUUACUGGAUGGUGUUCCUGCUUUCGUCAAGAAAUUGGAGAGGCUCUUUGAAGACUCAAGAAGAUUCCGCGAGUUAAUGGAUUUGGUUGAAGUGCCAGAGGGUAGCGAGUUAGAAGAUGACUUGAAGCUCACAAUUUUAAAGAGCCUUAUUACUGGAAACAGCCACUCUUCGUUCGAAAGUGGUUCUCCUGCUGUGGAUGAAACUUUCAUGGAAGAUGCGAGUUCAGUGGUCGAAGAAGAAGGAAUUGGAAACAAUCCACCUGAUUAUGAGUUAAUCAACUCAGCAAAGGAAGAGGUGGAAGGAAGUGUAGUUCAUUUGAAAGUCAAGAGAUUUGGCCCUCAAUCAAAGAUUUUCUCCAUUCAGUUGAUUAAUUCUUCUACACACUACUUUCCGCCUGGCGAUAUUUUAUUCGAGUUCGUUGAUAACGAUUCCCGAGAAAUGAUUGUGGUCAAGAAUGCCAAUGCUAUUGCUCCCUCUAAAUCCAGAUUCUAUAACUUGAAGGGUGAAGUUGAGAAAUUCAUUGGGAAGAAUAUUAAAAUCACCAGCAAUAAUGAUGACUUUGUCAUGCAAGGUGUCUUCAACGAGUCCGAAUCCACUUUAGUGGUUACCAGAUCAAGAUUACCUUCAUUUUCCCGCGUCACACCUAUGGAAGAAAGCGAUUCAGAAGCAGGAAAUUUGGAGAAGGUCUCUGUUGACUUAGCAUUAAAAUCUAACGGCAUGGCUCAGGUUACGAUUUUGAACAAUACUGAAAAUGCCAUCGAUUGUUCUGAUUUGACUAUCAAGGUGCUUAACUUUUUGGGAAAUUCAAUUUGUAAAGUUUUGGUGCAUAAGAGACAUGGAAUUGAACCAGGUAAGUCCUCCAAGUUCAAUAUUGCGUUGAAUGCCGCCCAUUUGAAACAUCCCUUCCAAUUAGUCUUGACCAACAGUGAUUUCAGAGCUGUGAGCGACUUAUCCAUGAAGAAUUUGUCAGGUGAUUUCAAGGUUGAGAGAGGAUGGUCGAUCACAAAUUCUAAAAGCCCCGAAAGAUCAAUCUCAGAGUUCGAUGGGUCUUCUUCGUCUACAGAAUCAGAAAUUAACGAAAGCGAAUUCGAGAACUUUUCAAAGAACAAUAUAGGUUCUACCAGCUCGAUGGUUUUACCAAGCUUGCCAAAGGAGUCUAUUGAGAAGCUUUCAACAUCCGUCUACAUUGAUGCAAAGUUAGAUGCCGAGAGACGGGAAGAAAUGGGAUCGGUAACUGAAAGUGAGACGGACCGCUCUUCCCGGUCUCCAUUUCAAGAUAAGGACCAAGAUAUGUUGAUUGAUGUCAGUGACACAGAUGAUUUUGAAUUGGGAUCUGAUUAUGAGAUUUUAACACCAACUGUUUCCAAUUAUAAUUAUGCUGGAUAG